CCGCGCCCCCAUCCCGUGGAGUGGCCGGCGACAAGAUGGCAGCAGCGUGUCGGAGCGUGAAGGUAGAAGGUUCUUUGCCUCUGUUGCUUGCCUUCCUUUACGGGCCGGGACAGCACGGCCGUGGAACUAGGAGAAAGAGAUCGGUUUCGAGGGAAAGGGUCAUGCUUAUGUGGGCCUGGUAUUGUGGCCGUUGGGCUCAAGAGGGCCUGGUGGCGGUAAUAACCGGAGGAGCCUCGGGCCUGGGCCUGGCCACGGCGGAGCGACUUGUGGGGCAGGGAGCCUCUGCUGUGCUUCUGGACCUGCCCAACUCGGGUGGGGAGGCCCAGGCCAAGAAGUUAGGAAACAACUGCGUUUUCGCCCCAGCCGACGUGACCUCUGAGAAGGAUGUGCAAACAGCUCUGGCUCUAGCAAAAGGAAAGUUUGGCCGUGUGGAUGUAGCUGUCAACUGUGCAGGCAUCGCGGUGGCUACCAAGACGUACAACUUAAAGAAGGGCCAGACCCAUACUUUGGAAGACUUCCAGCGAGUUCUUGAUGUGAAUCUCAUGGGCACCUUCAAUGUGAUCCGCCUGGUGGCUGGUGAGAUGGGCCAGAAUGAACCAGACCAGGGAGGCCAACGUGGGGUCAUCAUCAACACUGCCAGUGUGGCUGCCUUCGAGGGUCAGGUUGGACAAGCUGCAUACUCUGCUUCCAAGGGGGGAAUAGUGGGCAUGACACUGCCCAUUGCUCGGGAUCUGGCUCCCAUAGGCAUCCGGGUGAUGACCAUUGCCCCAGGUCUGUUUGGCACCCCACUGCUGACCAGCCUCCCCGAGAAAGUGCGCAACUUCUUGGCCAGCCAAGUGCCCUUCCCUAGCCGACUGGGUGACCCUGCUGAGUAUGCUCACCUGGUACAGGCCAUCAUCGAGAACCCAUUCCUCAAUGGAGAGGUCAUCCGGCUGGAUGGGGCCAUUCGUAUGCAGCCUUGAAGGGAGAAGGCAGAGAAAACACACGCUCCUCUGCCCUUCCUUUCCCUGGGGUACUACUCUCCAGCUUGGGAGGAAGCCCAGUAGCCAUUUUGUAACUGCCUACCAGUCGCCCUCUGCGCCUAAUAAAGUCUCUUUUUCUCACA